ACUCAGGUGCGCGAGCACACACGGUGUCCGCGUGCACACGAUUCUUUGCUGCCGGCCGAGUCUGACUUGACUCGUCGGUACGGGGCGCACCCAGCACCGUCCUGUUAGUACGGGGAAGCAGGGCUGUCUCUGGAGCCAGGCCGUUCCUAGUGCCAGGAAACCAGGACAGGCUGAGAGCAAACCCACGGGGCUGUGUCACAGGCGCCUGGGGGGCAGCCGCUGCCGCCCCAGGGACCCGGCCCGGGUGGGGGUGAGCACAUCACGCGGGAGGGGAAGGCUCCGCGCCCUGCUGAGGAGGUUUCUGCGGCUGCUCUGCCCUGGCGGGCGAAGCGGGGCCCCACACCCCACGGGGGCCUUGCGCAGCGACGUCCUAGGGGGACGGGAAGGGGCGCCCGGGGUCAGCCCAGGCCAGCAGACCGGCCCGGCCGCCGGAACCGACGUGGGCGCUUCCUUCCCAGCCCGAACCGGCCGAGGACAGAGCACAGCGGCCUGGGUGCCUGCCCGGCACCAAAAGCAAACUAAACAUAAAGAAGCCAUAAUCCGCGUCUAACUGGGAAGAGCAAAUCCCAGCUGGGAGGCACCAUAGACGGCUGAGCCGCCGGCAAUGAGGCGAUUGCGCUCCUUCCUGUAACAGAUGGCGCGCACUAGGACAAGGUUUCAGGAACCCGGCGGCCGUGAGGACUGUCUACCGCUACCUUCCGUAUUAACUCCUCCGCUUUUCUGUCAUCUAAACCUGCUUUAAAAACAACAAAAAACGCGAUCCUCAGCGGAUUGCCACAACCAACCUUUACUACGUAGAAAAGGAGCCCUGCCCCUAACAAAGAUGGCGGCCUGCAGGGUCAGGAGGAGACCUGCCCGGAACAAAGAGGGCGGCCACGGCAGGGGCGGAACCGGAAGCGCACGUCGGACGAAGCGCGGGUCGCGGACGGCGCAGGAGCGCGCAGGGCGGCGCGGGUCCGGGCAUGAAGCUGGGCCGGGCCGCGCUGGCCCUGCUGCUGCUGGCGCCGUGCGUGGUGCGCGCUGUGGAGCCCAUCAGCCUGGGGCUGGCGCUGGCCGGCGUGCUCACCGGCUACAUCUCUUACCCGCGUCUCUACUGCUACUUCGCCGAGUGCUGCGGCCAGAGGCGGAGCCUGAGCAGGGAAGCGCUGCAGAAGGACUUGGACAACAGGCUCUUCGGACAGCAUCUCGCGAAGAAGGUCAUCCUGAACGCCGUGACCGGUUUCCUGAGCAACCCGAAGCCCAAGAAACCCCUUACCCUCUCCCUGCACGGCUGGACGGGCACCGGCAAGAACUUCGUCAGCAAGAUCAUCGCGGAGAACAUCUAUGAGGGCGGGCUGAACAGCGACUACGUGCACCUGUUCGUGGCCACGCUGCACUUUCCGCACGCCUCCAACGUAACGCUGUAUAAGGAUCAGUUACAGCUAUGGAUCCGAGGCAACGUGAGCGCCUGUGCACGGUCGAUCUUCAUCUUUGAUGAGAUGGACAAGAUGCCCGCCGGCCUCAUCGACGCCAUCAAGCCCUUCUUGGACUAUUAUGACGUGGUGGAUGAGGUCUCCUACCAGAGGGCCAUCUUCAUCUUCCUCAGCAAUGCGGGGGCCGAGCGCAUCAUGGACGUGGCGCUGGACUUCUGGAGGAGCGGGCGGAGCAGGGAGGACAUCAGGCUCAAGGACAUGGAGCAAGCGCUGUCUGUGUCGGUCUUCAACAACAGGAACAGUGGCUUCUGGCACAGCAGCCUCAUAGCCCGGAACCUCAUCGAUUACUUCGUCCCCUUCCUGCCCCUGGAGUACAAGCACCUCAAGAUGUGUGUCCGGGUGGAGAUGGAAUCCCGCGGCUACGAGGUUGACGAGGACAUUGUGACCAGAGUAGCCGACGAAAUGACCUUCUUCCCCAAGGAGGAGAGGGUAUUCUCCGACAAGGGCUGCAAAACUGUGUUCACCAAGCUAGAUUAUUACCUGGACUGAUGGCCCAGAGUGCCCACAGAAUGGGACAGCUCUGGGUGCUGCCUUUACUCUGUGGAGGCUGCAGGCACCCACACCUUAGGGAUCAUGAACAUGGAUGGAAGGUUCUAGAACCUUCCAAAAGUGACCAGCUCCUAGUCCAUUCCUCCCAGGGCUCGUGAAUUUUUAAAAAGUAUGGGUUAUACUGGGCGUAGUGGUGCACACUGUGAUCCCAGCACCUAGGAGGCUGAGGCAGGAGGGUCUGCUGUGAGUUCAGGUCAGCCUGGGCUAUGUGGUGGGUUCAAGGCCAGCCUGAACUGUGGAAUGAGACCUUGUCUCAGAAAACAAAAUUAUGUUUUAAUUUCAAGUGUUUUGUUUCAAAGAAAAAGUUUUACUGGAAAUGAGAUCAUUUUAUUUAAGAUAGUUUUUAACAUUCAGAGAAACUUUUUAGAUUCUCAAUUAGUAGUUUUGUGUGUCUAAAAUCUCUAUCUCAACUGCCAAAAACUCCCAAGCACUGGUCCUCCUGCCUCAGCCUCCUGAGGGUUAGAGGAUAGGCAUGCGCCACCGGGCCAGCACAGAGGCAGGGUCCUGAAGUGCACAGCUCUCCCUGCUCUGGCCGCCCUGGGCCCAUGUCCAGCAGCACCCCCACCUCCUCCUGCAAAGCUAUGUGGCUUGUCGUUACACAGAAUUCCACAAACUAGUAAAGCCUAAGUGCCCCUUCUGCAGGGGCCAAAAAUAGGGCUUUGAAGGCCUAGUUAGUUAUCCAUGGACACAGCACCAGGGUCUUCCCUUUGCACCCCCAGCCCUUGCCCUGUUUUUUUUUGUUUUUUGUUUUAAGAUAGGGUUUUGCUAGAUUGCCCAUGUUGGGCUGGAAGUUUCCAUCUUACCGCCUCAGCAUCCCAGAAGGCUGCAAUUACAGCUAGGUACCAUGGCUUUAAGCUCCACAAACAAGGUAAGUGCAGAGAGCUGCCAUUGACAGCUGAGCCUGUAUGCAGUGCUGCACACGCAUCUUGUGUGUGCACGCACCAGGGAUGGGAACCAGGGCUCCUACAUGCUAAAGGGGCUCUGCCACUGGCCUACAUCCCAGCCCCCAAAUUCUUCAAGACAGGAUCAAAGUUGCCCAGGCUGGCCUUGAACAUAGGACCCUUUUCUUAGCCUCCUGGCUUUUUUUUUUUUCUCUUUAUCUUUUUGAGACAGGUCUCACUGUGCAGCUCAGGCUGGACUUGAACCACUUUGUAGCCCAGGCUAGUCUCAAACUCGCAGCAAUCCUCCUGCCUCAGCCUCCAGUGUGUUGCGAUCAUAGGUGUGCGCACCACCACAUCUGGAUCUGAGUGUACUUUAAACAGAAAAUCCCAACCAUAGCCUGGGGAGCUCAGGCUAUGCACAAAGGCGGCUCUAGUUGGAAUGAAACGGCUGUCACAAGAACUGAGGCCUUGGGCCAGCUGUCCUCCCACAGGGUGUCACUCCCUGGGGAUCCUGACACCACUGCAGUUGAGGACCAGCUGAGACACCAGGUAGCCAUGUGAAGCUGAAGACUGAUUUUCCUGUUGGUCCUGGUUUGACUGUACCCAGGCUGGUCUGCAGCUCAAUCUUCCUGCCUCAGCCUUUAUAGUGCUGGGGUUACACGUAUGCACCACUGCACUGGUCAAAGCUCAGGUUUUGUUGCCAAAUAAACUGGGGGAAAAGUCAAGUGACACCUCAUAACACAGCA